AUGUCUGAGGAGGCUGACCGAGCGGCGGCUGCCAAAUGGGCUGACGUCGUCGAGGCGGCACUCAACGGCGACCUGCCGGCGGUGCGCGGCUUUGUGCGCCAGAACCGCGCCGCGGCGCUCAGCGCGACUAAUCAAAAAUUUGGCGGCAUCACGGCGCUCAUGUGCGCCGCGACUCGCGACCACGACGACGUGGUGCACUUCCUCAUCGAGGCCAAGGCGGACCUCGAUGUCGCGAACAACGAUGGUCGCACGGCCCUUCGUUGGGCUGCCCGCUGCGGCUGCCUGCGCAGCGCGGGGCUGUUGGUGGCCGCGGGCGCUUCGCUCGACGUCAAGGACGGAGACGGUGAGACACCAUUGGAUGACGCUCGUUCACAGGGCCACGACAACGUGGUGAAGCUAUUGGAAUCUGCGGCAGAGAAGCAAAAAGAGGCUGAGGCUGCACCAAUAUCUGGCGCAGAUAACCCGACUGAACGUGCAGCUUCCGGUGCCGUUAAGGAAGAUGAUGCGGCAGCUAAAGACCGAAUGGGUCCAAAGAUCAUCGAGUUUGCCCAGCUGGGACAUGUCACAGACCUCCAAGAGGUCCUUGUUGAUCAUCCCAGUGCGGUGCACACCACCAAUGACGAUGGCCGAACGCUGUUGCAUUUGGCAGCGCUAAACCGCCAUGUUGAGACCGUCAGGGCUCUCCUUUCUGCCCGAGCGGCGGUCAGGGUUGCUGAUAGCAAGGGCGAAAUGCCUCUGCACUGCGCAGCCUUUGGCGGCCGCAUAGAGGUGGUGGAAUACCUCCUUGCAGCUCGAGCAAUGGUACACGAUGCAUCUGAAAGUGGCCAGACCGCCUUGCAGCUUGCUCAGAUUAAAGGCAGCAAGGAAGUGAUCGCGGUGCUCAAGAGCAGAGCAGAAGAUGCUGACAAAGAUCAGCGUGAGAAAGAGGUUUUAGAUGAGGCGGACGCCAGCAAGACCAAAGGUGAAUUCCCUUACGACAAGUUGGCCGAAGAUGCCUUGUUUCUGAUAUCUGGCACAACCAGCCUGGAUGCUGGCACUCUUCGAAGGAUCAAUCAGGAAAAGAAGAAGAUUGGCGAGCCCGAGCUAUCAACUGGAACAAACGCACAAGAAUUGCUCAAUGAGCUGGAGGAGGAAGGCUUUAGCGUUUUUGGAUGUGGCGUGGGUGAGGAAGACGCCCCAUUGUAUAGAAGAAUCGAGGUGAAUGUGGGCCUCCUCAAGUACAAUGCAUCGAAACCGCUCAUCUCCGAUACCGAUCUUCGCCUGAAGCGUGGCCUAGGCAAGACAGUUGAUCGCCAGGACCGCUGGUUGAUCCAUUACAAACACUAUUCAGAAAAGACCAAAUAUGGUGUCUUAAUUUUGGCAGGUACAGUUGAUUUCUUUCGUUUAUGGGCGGCGUCCGAAGCUUGCCGCAGGGAGGUCGAGGAUGUUCCAGAUGGCCGCCUUUUCGCUUACAUCGACGGCUACAUCCUCCGCGUGAACUCGCCUAAAUGUGCCCAGCUUUGGGCUUCGAAUGCUGCAGGGAUUGGCUAUAUUGUUUGGUCCAUAGGAGACCUCUACGUGGGGUCUUUGAGAGCCUCCAAGCAGCACGGUAGAGGUAAAUACUUUUUCCAGAAUGGAGACACCUUCGAUGGAUAUUUUCGAGGCGGGCAAAUGCACGGCAACAACGGCAUGUACAGCUAUGUAAACGGUGACAAAUUGGAGGGCACAUGGGCAGACGGUAAAGCCGUCCUUGCUCAAUGCAAAUAUCAUGUUCAAGACGGAAAACUGUUUGAGGGCCAUUGGCCAGAGGAGUACAUGGAUGCAAGAAACGUUCAGGAAUAUGUUUCCAGCUGCAGUUGA